AUGGCCUCGACGACUGCGGUCCCUACGGAGCAAGCCCAGACGAGGCCUUCCUUUGCCAAGGUCGCGGCGUCUGCAUUAAAACCACAACAUAUCAAAGAAUCUGCACCCAGCGUGAAGCCGCCUGUCGCGACCCCUCAUCCCUCCCCUCAUUUGCAGAAUCCAAACCGCCCAGGCCCCGCUAAUGGCGAGGCGCCAGCGGUCCACGUCGAGCAUCACGGCGAGGAAAACGGUACGGAGGAGAAAGCUGGUAACACAGCUACCCGCACUGGACAAUGGGCCAGCUCCGCUGGAGUGGAGACGGCUCUUCAGAAGGAAACCAAGGAAGAGGAAGUGGAGAAGGCGCGUCCUCCUAUCACCUUGGUCAAAUUCACGGCUGCCGAGGACGGCACAACGCAACUGUCUUCGUCUGAUGGCUCCGCUAAGCCUCCAAGUCUCGACGGAAAGAGUAUUGCAUCGGGGACCACCUUUGCUCUUGAUGAAAAGGAAUCCAUUCGCCCCGACGACAGCGCCAGCCUUCGAGCGGUUGAGGAAGAAGAUGUGGCGUCCCCGCCUGAUUCUGUAGCUGCCGGAUCGCGUGUGGGCUCUGACAGCGGCGCACGUGCUUUCCGUGACCAGCUGCGCGAAAUUGCCGUCAUGGGCCCGCAGCCACAGCGAGGUGUGCCACCCGGACGCUUCCCUAACCCAACCGCCAAUGGGCCUCCCACCCUCUACGACCCCAAUCAGCCUCCAAAUAGCAUGGGAAGACCGAUGUCUCAACCUUUGGUCAAUGGCAUGCCACCAGGAGCAGGCCCGCAGAGUCUGCCUGCGAUUCCAGAUGAGAAGCUCAUCGAAGCGCUACAGUCCCCUCGAGAUCGACUCUUUGUAGUCAAGAUCGAGCAGGACUUCAUUGACUUCAUCAAGGAUUCUCGUGAAAACGAGUACUGCCUACCGAACUGUAAUACGUUCUACAGGAUGCUUGCCCAUCGCCUCGCUGACUAUUACCUCCUCGGUCAUGUAGUUGAUUCUACUAUGACUGGAGUGAGAAUCACGAGGACUCCUUACUGUAGAAUUCCUCCCCCACUUUCACAAAUGGUGGAUGCAUCGAAGAGUGCAAACACCCCUCCCGUCGAUCUUCCCGCUCGCAAGAUUAUGCGCCGCGGUGAUGAUGGCAAGUCAGGAACUAACACCACAGCUAAUUCCGAGAAUCCGUCCAAGACUACGUCUGAGGCAGGUGGCAGCGACGGUGGCAAUGACAACACCGGCAACAAAGCAAAAGACAAGUCCGCAAUGACGCGAGAAGAACGCGAGGCCAGGUAUCGAGAGGCCCGUCAGCGAAUCUUUGGUAGCGCUGAGAGUGAGGAGAACGAGUCCACUGAAGCCAUUGGAUCUGGGGAAGAGAAGAAUACGUCAAGGUCGAGCUCUGCUUCCGGCAAGAAGAAGAGCAAAAAACAGCGCAACUUCGACGAUGACGGAUUCGAAGCACGGUCCCGCUUCAAUGCCUACUAUACGGGGCCGUAUCCCGCUUCUGGCUAUAGCGGAGACGGCACCGUGUAUUUCAGCGGCUUCCCGGGGCCGGUGCCAACCUCGCAAUACACGUCUAUGGAUUACUCCCCUCCUCCGACGUACAGCAAUGCGUAUCCGGGCAUGAUGCCUCAAGAGACCCAAUCCCAGUACGGAUGGCCCAGCCAGCAAUACCAUCCGUCUAGUGGUCCGACGAUGUACCCGGGCUAUGCGCCAAUGCAGAAUGGAUACGACCUCUCUACUGACUUUCAGCGAGGUAUGCAGUCUUUCCAGUCAGCGGGCAUGCCCUCUCAGAUGACGCCAAAGAUGGCGAAUGUACCGAUGGCGGGUUAUUCAGAGUCGUACCAACCUCCACCUCAGCACAUGGCGAUGAAUCCAGGGUGGUCCCCAAUGAACCAACAGCCUCAGUAUCCUAUGGCCCAAGGUCCAUUCGCUCCAAACGGUCCGGGCAAUCGACCCAUGUCCGCUCCUAUCCAAGGUCCAAUGCCAGGAACCUACCCUUAUGGCCAAUUCCCACCUCCUACGUAUAAUGGCAAACCCAACCGCAACCAGCACCCAAUUCCCGGCAGCUACCAGCGCCCACAGUUCAAUCCGCAGAGCCAGGCCUUUGUUCCUGGUGGUCGCAACAUGCCGUUCCAGGUGCAGCCAAACGUUCCUGGGAUGCCGCCUCAGGGAAUGAAUGGCUAUGGUAAUUUCCAGAUGUCGGCCGGCGCUCAAAUGCAUCCCCAGAUGCCGGUGCCUAGCCCACCAACUGGUACUCCACAAACAUUCGGUUCACCUCGAGUCAUGCAUAACAGCAUUCCGAUGCCUGCCAGGCCCACCAAUUCGAACUCAUCUCCGUCGUCUCAGCCUACGCCGUCCUCUCAAGGUUCUCAGCAGAGCAGCAUAGCCAAGUAUGGAACGCCGGCUCAUCUUCCGGCUAGGCCUCCGCCGCCGCAACCACAACAACAAGCGCCGAAGCUGAAUCUACCCGGACAUAACUUCCCUGUCUCUCGCGUAGCCAGCAAUCCGACACCAGGAUACGUUAGCAGUACCCCUCAGAUAGCAUCUAUGCGCGGCGGCGGUGGUCCGAAUACUAACACCAACUAA